AACGAAAUCAGUUGUCGGAAUUAAUCGUCAAGCUGUGGUUCAGAAACUAUUGAAAAAUGUGGUACUUAAAGAUCUGUUUAAUUGUCUCGCUCUACAUUAACUCCGCUACAUGCGAAGCACCCUAUGCCGCCGCAGGAUGGCGUCCACAACACCCUUUCAAUCUGCCCAACGACUAUCUGCCGCCAUCACGUGACGUAGGAAAGGAGCGCCAGAAACAACACCAACGCACAUUUGCUGUGGAGAUCAAUAAAGAACGUGUGGACUACGCCGGUCAAAUUCAAAAUAAUAUUUUCAAUUCAGCCAACAGACAACCGGCGAGUACUUAUUUGUCACCGCGAAAGCAAAUCACUGACUUUUUGAAAGUUCAACGGCCACCUUAUCAAAAACCAGCCCCACAAUUCAUACUGCAAUCAUCUGGCCCUCGACCACAACAGUCAAAAGAAGCGCAAGUUUUCCAAAUAUCAGGAACACAAGAGCAACAGCAACGCAGAGAACGUCUUCCUUUGCUCCCCAAUCAACAACGGCAAUUUUUCACUCUCGUAGAACAACAGCAGUCUGAAUUUUCCAAGCCAGCACAAACAUAUGGGCCACCAAGUGGUGGACAAGAGCAGAAAUUCACCAUCAACUAUCCCGGUUCCCGUGACUUUGAGCCUCAACAGGCAGACAGUGACGUGGAAGAAGGUGCACGUAUAGCCGUCGAAGCUCUCAAUUUAGCAGCAGAAGCUUACAACCGGCAACAGGAGGGAGAAAUAGUGAGAAGUGAUGAUGAUGCAUCAGAAGCUGAUGUUCAGGAAGUUGAUGCCGACAGCGCAAAACCGUCAAGUGGCGGCUAUCCUGCAUCACGCGCAACUCGUGGCCAAUACUAUGUUCUAGGGCCCGACAAUCGCCUGCAGCUGGUGCGUUUUACUACCACACAGAGUGAGGCGGAAGCGCGAGGUAAUGGUGGUUUCACAGCACAAUUGCGCUAUACGCCAGUGGACGAAAUAAACGACCCAAUUUUUAAAUAUAAUAGUCGCGGGCAGGUGGUGAGAGUUUUUAAGAAAUAAAAUUUAAAUCGUUUAAAAACAGCAUCAAUAUUAAAUUACUAAUUAGAAACUUAUGUACACACGCGCCAAUUUAGUAAGAAUAUUUUACUUUUUAAGAUUGUAUUUUUAUGUUCCGAAACAAGUUUAAGAAUCAUAUACAUACAUACAUAUUUUUGCAAAUAACCGGAUACAUUAUUUGCUUAAUUUUGGGAUCUAAUCUAUGAAAUCUAAUCUAUUAUUUAUAUCAAUAUUGUGGCUUAAUUUGUUCAUAAAUUCAAAAAUAAAAAUAACAGCGUUCACUCCGAUAUCUCGACGUUCUCAACAAUUACAUUUAGACGUGCUCACGGUGGCACUUUCCAUAAUUUCGUAUUUUUAAUAAAUAGAGUAACCUAAGGAAUCUUAA